CGCGCCGUUGCUAAGAGACGCAGUCGACGCUUCCCGGAGAAGCGCGCACUCGUCAGGCGUCGUUCAGCGGUGCUUUGUGACGGUGACGGAGCAAAGGCGUCCGAAGGCAAAUAAGAGCAGGCGCGCUUUGAUCCGCGCCACAGAAGAUGGAGGACCAGCUGACCCUGGAGCUGCUCUCCAAGUGCGUGUCGCACCUGGGCCGCUCGGACAACGGCCUGCAGUACCUGUACCACCACCUCUCGCUGCCCAACAGCAACCUGAGCGACGUGUCGCUGCUGGGCAACUACGUGCACCUGCAGAAGCUGGAGGUUCCUCACAACCACAUCGCAGAUGUUUCCUUCGUGAGACACAUGCCUCGUCUCCUCAUCAUGGACGUGUCCCACAACCACAUCGAGGACAUCAGCGGGUUCGAGCCCCCCAUCGACCUGAAGGUGGCGCGCGCACGGAUGUGUGGUGACGGCGCGGCGUUACGCUCGACGCCGCCAGAGUUGAAGACGAGUCGCUCUGCUCUGCUCCGCUCUGCUCUGUCUUUUCAGGAGGUCAACAUGUCCUUCAAUCGCCUGAGCAACAUGGACUUCUCCUCCUACAACUCAGUGUCCAAGCUGGAGCUGGACAACAACGGCUUCACGGAGGUCAAAGGUCUGGACAGAUGUUUCAAGCUGACUCACCUGAGUCUGGCCAACAACAUGAUCACCAGCAUCAGUGGUCUGGACACGCUGCCUCUCAAACACCUCAACCUGAGGGGGAACCAGCUGGAGACCAUGGACGGGCUGGAGAACCUGACCAAACUGCGGAUCCUGGAUCUGUCCCACAACCGCAUCACGAGUCUCAUCGGGUUCCGGAACCUGCAGCUGCUGGGCGUCAUCAACGUGGAAAACAACCUGAUCCCUCGGAUAGAAGAGUGCAAGCACAUCGCUCACCUCUUCCUGCUGGUGGAACUCAACAUGCUGCAGAACCCCGUCAAGGAGGUCCAGGACUACCGGCUGUCCAUCAUCUUCCUGCUGCAGCGUCUGACCAUGCUGGACAAGGAGGAGGUGACGGCAGAGGAGAAGGUGGAGGCCAUCAACAGGUACGACCCCCCUCUGGAGGUGAUGGCCGCCCGGGACCACCGCUCCCACCUGGUCUACCAGCUGCUGCAGCCGCAGGUGCUGCACGACAGCACCCUGCCCAGUCUGGACCUGCCGUACCCCAUGCUGGUGCUGAGCGGGCCUCGGGCCUGCGGGAAGAGAGAGCUGGCCCACAGACUGUGUCAGGAAUUCCACCAGUACUUUGCUUACGGGACCAGCCACACCACCAGGGGGCGCUACCUGGGCGAGGAGGACGGAAGCGACUACCACUUCGUCAGCCAGGAGGACUUUGUGGACCUGGUCCACAUGGGCAAGAUGAUCCAGAGCAUGAAGUUCGGAGGUGACAUGUUCGGCCUGAGCACCGAGGCUGUGGACGCGCUGGCCAGAGACGGCUUGGCCUGCUGCGUCCCCAUGGAGCUGGAGGGGGUGCUGAGUCUGAAGAACUGCCACUUUGAGCCCCGCUACGUGCUGCUGCUGCCCUCGCGGGUGGACCAGUACGUGGAGCGGCUGCGGAGCCGCGGCAUCUACACCCCGGCCCAGGUGGACGCCGCCGUCUCCCGCCUCCACCUCUACGUGACCUUUCACCAGCAGAGACCCGGCUUCUUCGACAGCACCGUGGUGUGCGAUGACUUGGAUGAAGCCUACCAGACGCUGCAGAGGCUGGUGAAGGACUAUCUGCUGCUGGAGGACCAGGACGACGGAGAGAAGAGGCCCACAGAGGCGUCCUCCUCAGACGCCGUCCCGGCCCAGGCAGAACCCUCGGCGGUGUCUGCUCCCACCAAGCCUCUGGACCUCCUGGACCUGUCCUACAGAACCUACGCCUCCAGAAUCCAGGCCCAGCUGACCCCCCAGAAGAGUGCGCUGGAGCUGGCGUCCAUCAGGAGGCGCGAGCAGCUGGUGAGGCAGGCCAUCGAAGGCAAGAGUCCCCGAGUCUUCACUCACCUCAUCAAAAGGUCCGCUCACAGCGAGGCCUCGCAGUUCCAGCUGCCGGACCCCACCACCGUCUACGGAGACAGCAGCUCGGAUGAAUCCCACAUCAGCCCGUUGCCGCCCAGGUCCGGUCCAGCCGGGCCCCCGGGCCCAUCAGAACCUGCCGUCUCAGGAGGCCACGUGAAAGACGGAGCCGGGGAGCCAGAGGUCGGCGCCGAAGGUCGGCCGGGCCGCGGCGCCAAGCCCAUCCUCCCGCCCAUCCCCCCGGGACGCAGGACCCCGGCGGGGCCCAGUCCGGGGCCCUCGCCCAGAACCUGAGACCGUCGUCCUCCACGCGCGCGCCUGUCUCUCUGUCCCCCUGAGCCUGACCCUCCUGAACACAUGGCUCACCUGAACCAGGCCCAGUGACUCUGAAGUUGGAACCCUCUCAUUGAGUUUGUGUCCUCGACUUGGUCCUCACAAGUGUAGCUGCACCAGGCCCACACAGAAAGUGGGGAGUGACCUCCGACCCCUCUGGGCCUGGUCAUGUGAUCUCCUCUCCUUCAGUCACGUGCUGCUGCCGACCCAGCUCUUCAGGCGCCGCUCUCUCUGGAAGCCACUUCCUGUUCGGACAGCGCCGCCUGCCGCCGGGCCGACGCAGCAGGACCAGCCCGACUCCUCCCGCAGCGCACCCGCCCGUCUGAAGAGUCUCUCAGGAGCCCCGCUGUGACUCGGACAAGACUCGGCACGGCUUCAUCUGUACUUCAGUCACGCGCGUCUGUCGCAGUAUACGCCAUGUAGCUCAAGUAAACACGACCACCUUACACUGCAGCCGACUCUCUUCUUUACUUGGCCAUACGACAGCAGAACAUGCCAUGAAGUGAUGCAGCUGAUGGAAAGGAGAGAAGAAGUGCAGUCAGAGAUGAGCCACACGUCUCCUGUGCUGUGAGUCUGUUCACUGGAAGCUCGGAUGCUAAUGCUAGCGUUAGCCACUAACGAGUCACAGCUGAGUUUGGCGCAGAUGCUUUUCCAGAUGAGACAAUGGCAUUUUCAGGCGAAAUCUUUACCUGGUUUUCAACACGGCCUUUGGACACUGAUCUGUGUUGCAGACUUGGGCGCCCCCUGGUGCGCCAAAGUGUCCUGCACUGCACAGCCGUCUUCUCUGCUGCCUGCUACUUCUCGACUCGACCCACUGUCACUCCUCAGUCGCCUCCACUCUACUGUACUACGCCGUGCAGCACUGUCAUCAUCCGCUGCUGGGUCGCGGGGGCAGCACCUUCCAAAGGUGGUGCCAUGAACCACCCACCGCUCUCUCCUCUGAAUCUCUCCCGAGUGACAGAGCUCCUCACCCCGUCUGUAAUUUCAGCCGCUCGGAUCCGGGAUCUGCUUCUUCCGGUCGGACUCUUGCAGCCAACACAUAGAGUCAUCAUGUCUCCACUGGCACUGAGGCGGCCCCUCGGGCUCCUGUGUUCAGGGCGGCUGUGGACAGAGUGGCAGCGGCAGCAGCCAGUGGAGCCACGAUGUGGUCGCAGGUGUAACACCACUUUAACAAGUGUUUCAGAGGUGAGGGCCCGUCUGCACGCAGGCCUCAGACUUGGCUCCUCGGAUGUCACCUUGACUCCGUGUCGCCGCUAACUCUUCCUCUGAGGUCGGAGCGCGUGUAAUGCGACACACAAACACACGACACGUGUCCGCAUUAACUCUGCAGCGCUGCUGCGCUCUGUAACCAUGGCGACGGCCCUCUGCAAUGCGCCUCCCCGCGCGUGCGCGCGCACGUGUCCCCUGCAGACAGAUUCAUUCCCUGCCAGAUUCUUUCCUUGUCAACUUGUCGAGACAAAACGUCGGGGUCUGAGUGCGCUGGGUGCAGCCUGUGUCUGAGGAGUGACAUCACGCUGAUAAUUGCCAUCAUAAAUACAUCAAGCAGCUUUACGGCGCAGCAGCGCAGGUUGGUGCCUGCCACCGCUGCAGCGGGGGGGGGCGGGGCCAAUCCAUC